AUGGGGCUGCAGAUGCGCGUGCAGAGGGCAGCAGGGGCGCACGGGGCGCACAGGGCAGCAGGGCAGAAGGGCGUGCGAGGCGCGCAGGACAAUAGGGCGCGCGUGGCGCGCAGUGCUGCAGGGCGCGCGGGGCGCACAGGGCAGCAGGGCAGGCUGCAGGGCGCGCGGGGCGUGCAGGGCAGCAGGACAGCAGGGCGCGCGGGGCGCGCAGGACAGCAGGGGCGCACGGGGCGCGCAGGGCUGCAGCGCGCGCGGGGCGCACAGGGCAGCAGGGCAGCAGGGUGCGCGAGGCGCACAGGGCUGCAGGACAGCAGGGCGCGCGGGGCGCACAGGGCUGCAGGGCAGCAGGGCACGCGGGGCGCACAGGGCUGCAGGGCAGCAGGGCACGCGGGGGCGAACAGGGCUGCAGGGCAGCAGGGCGCGCGGGGCGGCACAGGGCUGCAGGGCACGCGGGACGCGCAGGACAGUAGUGCGCGCGUGGCGCGCAGGGCUGCAGGGCGCGCAGGGCGCGCAGGGCAGCAGGACAGCAGGGCGCGCGGGGGCGCGCAGGGCGCACAGGGCGCACGGGGCAGCAGGGCAGCAGGGCAGCAGGGCACGCGGGGCGCACAGGGCUGCAGGGCAGCAGGGCGCGCGGGGCGAACAGGGCUGCAGGGCAGCAGGGCGCGCGGGGGCGCACAGGGCUGCAGGGCGCACGGGGUGCGCAAGGACAGCAGGGUGCGCGUGGCGCGCAGGGCUGCAAGGCGCGCAGGGCGCGCAGGGCAGCAGGACAGCAGGGCGCGCGGGGCGCACAGGGCUGCAGGGCGCGCGGGGCGCACAGGGCAGCAGGGCAGCAGGGCAGCAGGGGAGCAGGGCAGCAGGGCGCGCGGGGCGCACAGGGCUGCAGAUCCCCUCCCCCCCACUGCUGCAACCCGCAGCAGGGGGAUGGAGGAGAAGGGGGGGGGGGGGGGGGGGGGGGGGGGGGG